AUGAUACGGCUGUUGUUGUUGUUAUUGUUAGGCAAUAAUUAUAACAAUGUUAUCACCAACAAUUUUGAUGAUGUAAACAACAAUCAUACCAAUAGUGACAGCUUUAACAACAACAUCAACAACACCAAUAACAUCAACAACAUCAACAAUAACAACAACAACAGUGCCAACACUGUAGAUACCAAUGCUAAAACCCACAGCGCAAAUAUCAGUUGCAAUUGGAACAUCAUCAAUAGUGACAACCCUAACAACAACAUCAACAACACCAACAAUAACAUCAACAACAACAACAGCAUCAACAAUAACAACAACAACAGUGCCAACACUGUAGAUACCAAUGCUAAAACCCACAGCGCAAAUAUCAGUUGCAAUUGGAACAUCAUCAAUAGUGACAACCCUAACAACAACAUCAACAACACCAACAAUAACAUCAACAACAACAACAGCAUCAACAAUAACAACAACAACAGUGCCAACACUGUAGAUACCAACGCCACAACCCACAGCGCAAAUAUCACUUGCAAAUGGAACAUCAUCACAAGAAGCAAGAAGAACCACAGCGAUGAUAAUAAUAAUAAUAACGUUAACAAUAAUAAUAAUAAUAACGUUUUUAAAUAUUGUCAAAAUAAUAUUAAUAAUAUGUAG